UCAAAUAAAAGUCCUUUUCAUGCAUUUUUGCAUCUUGUUUUGCUUGACAGAUCCCGGAAGAGCAUCCCAGACACUUACGCAGAAGACCUUGUAGCCAAGGGCCUUACAACUGGGGAGGAGGUAUCUGAGAUAAAAGCUUCCUAUUACUCUAAGCUGAAUGAGCAUCUCGCCAGCAUGGCUUUGUAUGCGCCUCCGUGCCCCAAUCUUCAGGCUCACUGGACUGGCAUGGUGGAGCCCACACCAAGGAUCACAAGGUGGGAUACAAGCGUUCCAGUACCACUCCUUCAGUUUGUCGGGGUCAAGUCGGUGGAGGUGCCUGAAGAAUUACAUCUGCACAGCCACAUCCUGAAGACCCACGCUCAGUCAAGAGUGCUGAAGAUGGAAGAAGGGGUAAAGUUAGACUGGGCCACUGCUGAAGCAUUAGCUUUUGGUUCUCUACUGUGUCAAGGUUUUAACAUUCGUCUGAGUGGGCAAGAUGUCGGCCGAGGAACGUUCAGUCAGCGGCAUGCCAUGCUGGUUUGUCAAGAGACAGGUGAAACGUACAUCCCUUUGAAUCACAUGUCACCAGAUCAGAAGGGCUUCCUUGAGGUGAGCAACAGUCCCCUAUCAGAAGAAGCAGUGCUUGGCUUUGAAUAUGGAAUGAGUAUUGACAGCCCAAAUUUGUUGCCCAUUUGGGAGGCACAGUUUGGGGAUUUCUUCAAUGGAGCUCAGAUAAUAUUUGAUACAUUUAUCUCUGGAGGGGAAGCCAAAUGGCUACUGCAGAGUGGGCUAGUAGUUCUCCUUCCACAUGGCUAUGAUGGUGCAGGACCAGAACACUCUUCUUGCCGAAUUGAACGAUUCUUACAGAUGUGUGAUAGCUCAGAAGAGGGGAUUGAUGGCGACCACAUAAAUAUGUCUGUUGUCCAUCCAACCACCCCAGCACAAUACUUCCACUUACUUCGGAGGCAGAUGGUUCGAAACUUCCGGAAACCACUCAUUGUGGUUUCUCCCAAAACUCUCCUUCGGUUACCUACUGCUGUGUCAAGUUUACUAGAAAUGGCUCCAGGGGCAACUUUCAGACCCGUCAUUGGUGAUUCAGCAGUGGAUCCUAAAAGUGUCAGCAAGGUGGUUUUCUGUUCUGGGAAACAUUAUUAUACUUUGGCCAAACACCGGGAGCUGCUUGAAGAAAAGAAACAGAAUAUUGCAAUUCUAAGAUUAGAAGAACUGUGUCCUUUCCCACUUGAAGCUCUGCAGCAGGAGAUGAAUAAGUUCACUAAUGCCAAAGCUUUCAUCUGGAGUCAGGAAGAACCUCAGAACAUGGGCCCGUGGACAUUUGUGGCACCAAGAUUUGAAAAGCAACUGGCUUGUAAGCUCAAUCUUGUAAGUCGACCAGCCUUACCAGCUCCUGCCGUAGGCAUUGGAGUUCUGCAUCAGAAGCAGCAGCAAGAUCUUCUUACUGAAACAUUUGCUUGAGACUUACCUACAGUGGGACUUUUGAGGUUACAACAAGGCCUAGAAAGCAAGAAUCUGAAAUUCAGUUUGCUUUUGAGGUAUGCUGCUGAAAUUAAUUUGGCCUGAGCCAGAGUUAAAAUGGAGUUUCCUAUUCCUUUUACUGCAGAUGUAAUCAUCUGCAUAAAAUUCUGCCAUAGCAAAUUGAUGGGAUUUAAAUGUGUUUACAUUUAUCUGGUUCACAGUGUGUGGUACAGACCAACAUUUUAAAUCAAUACAAUGAUUGUUAUAGAAGUUCUUAAAUCGUAUUACAACACAGCUACAGUGAUCUCCUGCUUGCUUGCAUGUAGCAUUACAAAUAAAACUGCAGGAUUUUGUAUUUUCCAUUAGCAAUUACCAUAAAAAAUGUCCCAGGAUGAACUUCCCAAAUUAAAGAAGCUUUUCUGGGACUGCAAAAUAAAAUAUUUAUCACAAUUGAUUUCCCUUUCAUAACAAUGUUAGGUAUUUAUAAACCAUAAUAAAUCAGGGAAUGUUUAAAUAAUGACAGAUUAUUGUACGUAUAGUUCUUAUUUCUAAAACAAACCCUGUUGUACAGUAUGUGUGUACUUUUAACCAUCUUCUAAGAGUUACAUAGGCCUGCUUUCCAUAUCAUUUUGGGCUCUGGGCAGCGGAAUAACUUUGCUAAACAAUUCCCUCCCAGAAAAAUAAAUUUCCAGGUUCUGUGUGCUAGCCUGGAAUUUAUUCUAUUACAUACUAAAUAUGAAGCCGUGCAUCCUCCAUCAAUGGUACAAAGUAUUAAUGCUUUCAGGAUCAUCUCUGCUAGUUCAACCUAGGAACUAAGCCUUAGAUUUGAAAUUGAUUAUGAAAGAUUUUUUGUCAUCUAGUUGAUGUUGACUCUAAGCAACCAUGUAUACAGAUUUUCUCCAGGAAGAUUUGAAAUAGUUGAAAAAUAAAUUGAAAACUGCAAUUCUUUAAUAAAUUAUAUUAUUAUAUAGGUUCUGUUCUCACACCUAUAAACUAGGGGAGACAGAUGAUGCUUGAGACAAAGAAUUAGACUGAUAUUCUCUAUUGCGGAAAAAUAGAAGAGUGUAAAAUAUCAUUUCUCCUCUUUUAUUUGGUUUGCUUUGAAUGUCUUAAUUGCAUUUUCUGUAUCUGCAACCAAAAAAUUUUAGGAAUUGUGACACUGGUUCCUUUCCAAAUCUUUUCCUGUUCCCAAAGUAACAUUUAUAACACUAUUCAAAUGCAUUUUAUGUUUCUUGCUUUCCUUGAAAGAUGUGAUCAUGGAAAUCCUUGUAUUUUUGCUGCUUUGGGGCUAAAAGGAAUUCUUCAAGGAUGAUUUAAGUUCAGAUAACAGGGGAGGGGCAUCAGGACAGAAUAAAAUUUCUGCGCAGACUAAAUUGCUGCUUUGAUAGAAUUCUCAAGGUGAAAAUUGCCACCAAGUCCAACUCCUGCUUAAUAAAAGGAUCCAAAUUAAAGCAUCCUUGACAAAUGGCUCUGUUUUCUGCUUGAAGAACUGGUUUUAUAUGAAACUGUUUUUGUUAGGAUGUUUUUGAGAGGGAAGGAAAGUGAUGUCCUUGAGUAUCCAGGUACACCACUGUAAUAAAACUGAAAUAUCAAGGUCACUUGAAGUCUGGAAUCUUUUUGUUAUUUUAAUAAUAAAAAGUGCAACAGCUGAUUUUUGUGUCUGAUGAGCGAAAACUUGUCCUACAG